AUGGCUGUCAUCAAGAACGUCGCUAUCGCUGGUGCUUCUGGUAACAUUGGACCGCAUGUCCUGAAGGCGCUUCUUGAAGCCAACUUCAACGUUACCGUUCUUACUCGCUCUCAGGCGUCCAAGGACUAUGGGGCUAAAGUGAAGGUUGUUGAGGCUGACUUCAACUCGGUCAAUUCUCUGACCGCAGCUCUGGAAAACCAGGAUGCGGUGAUUUCGACUAUUGGGAAAUCAGGAUCGGAAAAGCAGAGGCUUCUCAUUGAUGCAGCCGUAACUGCCGGGGUCUAUCGAUUCGUUCCUUCGGAGUUUGGUUCAUGCACUACCAGUCCAAAGGUUGCGGAUCUUCCAUUCUACUCUACCUUGGCCACCGUUCGCAAUUAUCUCAUUGAGAAGGCAGCUUCGAGCGCUUUGACCUAUUCUAUUGUCGCACCAGGCUGCUUCAUGGAGUACCUCUUGGCAUUCCCCGCCGCCAUUGACUUCAAGAACCACUCCGUCGCCUUCAUCGAUGGGGGCAAUACCAGGGUCAGCGUCACAUCGUUAGCAACUUUCGCUCGAGCGGUUGCUGCAGUCUUUGACCACUCAGAUGAAACUGAGAAUCGUGUGGUCUAUGUUUCUGAGGCAAUCCUAAGUCAGAGACAGCUACUAGAGCUUGCGAGAAAUGUCAACCCCGAGAUUCAGUGGACAAUCAGAGACAUCAAGUCAGCCGACAUCUUGAAAGCUGGGCUUGAUGCAAUAGCCUCUGGUGGCGACGGCUUGCAGGCUUAUGGAAACAUACUGUUGGCCACUGUUUUCGGUGAAGCAUACAGCAGCGCAUAUGACACCAACGACAACUCACUGCUUGGCGUCGAGGUCAUCACCGAAGAGAGGCUCAAGGCUCUAGUCGCUGAUCGUCUUGACCAGACGGUUCGGCCGAACACUCCGAACUGA